GAGCGUGCGGAGCAAAGCGUACGAAGGCUUCAAGAGCAAGUGGAGCUCGGCUCACUCCCGCAGGCACAGAUGAGAACCGACAGACUCCUGAGGAAUGAGCUGGAAGCUGAGCUGGAGAAGGCCCGCAAAGAAACGCACCAAAGUGUUGCAGAAGCACAAAGCCUGCUCCAGCAGAAGAGGUCUGAGGUUGAAGAGCUGCGGGCAACCAGCCGAACCCAGCAGGAGCAGCUAGCUGAACUGCGCACAGACCUGGAGGAGUCUGUGCUCGUCCACGAGAAGAUGGAGGCGGGGUCCCAGUUUCUGGAGGGUUGA